AUGGUGACCACUAGAAGCGGCACCAAGCGCAAGGCCAUGGACAAAGUCGAACCCGCCGAACCCGCCACGAACGCCCCCAGCUCUACCCCCAAGCGACAACGGUUACCCCUCCGCAAGAAGAACGCCGAAGGAGCCACCGACUCUCCCGCUCCCAAGAAGGGCGCUGCGAAGAAGACGCCUUCGAAAAAGAAGCAGGCGGAAGAUGCGCCUGCGGACAAGGAGGGCGAAGUCGUCGAGGAUGCGGCUGUGAAUGAUGAAGAUGGCGGGGACAUAAUGGCUGCGCUGCAGCGACAGCUCGCUGCUGCCCACCCAAGCCCGGCAGUAUUGAAGAAGGCAGAAACGCCGGCGGUAGUGGCUACAAACCCCCAGGAAUCAGAUGAAGACUCGGAUGAUGAGGCGCCGGAGGCUAUUUCCAACGUUCAGGCUGCCGAGGCGGCGAAGCAAGUUGCUCAAGCGUCACAAAAGGCAGCCCAACAACAAGCCGCACAAGCCAAGAAGAAGCGUCAGGAGCGUGAUGCUCUCUUCAAAGCCCAAGCCGAGUCCAGGAAGCAAUCCAAACCCGAAGAGGAGAAACCCGCGGCCGCAGAACUCACCGCCCCCACAGAAACGCCUUCCGAGGACGUCGUGACCACCGAGGGAGAGACACAACAAGAACAACAAGUCACACAAUCAGGCAAGGCGAAGCUCCCCGAGUUCCUCCCCCAAGAGUUCCUCGAUUCAGACGAUGACGAGGAGGCGUACCAGGGCGACCUCAGCAGCGUCGGCGGUGAACCGAAGCCCAAGAGGCGCAAGAGUGAGCAGAAGAAGGCGCCCCGGGAUAAGAGGGUCGGGUCGACAGUUUACAGGGUCAUGUCGGAGGUGGAUAAGAGGUUGGCGCCGAGGAAGGCGAAGAGCUCGAAUGAGGUAAAGGCGAGGUUGUUGAAGAGGAAUAGGAGCGGAGUGCCGCAGCAGAAGGGGUUUAUCGUGGGGAGGCCGAUGCCUAAGCCGGAUUGGGGAAGCUCGAGGAGGUGA